CCGUGCUCCAGCGCCUGUAUGUGGUCCCGCUCGAUGUGGCCUCCACCGACGCCCUGUCCCCGUCUGGCAGCGCCGACGGGGCCAGGCCUCAGUGGGGGGACCUCGCGCCCAAGAUCCAGCCCCUUGCUCACACCCUGGCCUCUCUGCCUCUGGCGCACCCCGCUAGGGAGGCUUGCUACCUGUGCGGGCAGGAUUGCCGGGGAGAGGUGAGAGUGGCGUACGCCCGGGCCGGGGCAGGUAAGGCCCGAGGCGUGAUGUACUUCCCUUUCAUAAACCAGCUGCCAUGCCCGCCUAAUGCCCGGGGCAUGCGCGACGGGCAGGUGCACUGCUGUGCCGCCUGUCACGUCAUCCUGGAGGACAUCUGGGCUGCGUACCGCCUCUGCCUCAGCGAGGAGCUCAUCGCCUCUGUCAGCACCUUCCUUGGCAGAUACCACCAGGCCGCCGGAGGGGGGGGGCUCUCGACCGGACCCGGGGUAGCGCAGGCGACCAUUUCCACCUCCGUCCGGGUGGCCGCGGCGACAGGCCAUACCUCGGCUUGCUACCUGUGUGGGACGGAACUCUCAGUGGGGGCGGACCACCAGCUGCACGUCAACCCCCCCGGUCGAUGCGGAGAAAAGGAGCCUUUCUUCCCCUUUCUUGCCGUGCACCCACCGGCGCCUCGCGCUCGCCCGGCCGACGCCACCGGCUUGGUGUCGGCCUGUGCCCUCUGCUACCAUGACCUUCUGGGCCAGUGGGCCCAGCAUGAGGGCUCGGGCGCCGGCCCGUCCAGCAGCCCCUGGUCCCGCCAGUACAGCUGUGACUCCUUCGUCUGUUUCUUCUGCCGGCGGGAGAAGAGGAGGCCACUGGGCCUGUGGGCAGUGAGCGUCGCCCGCCUGCCCGUCUUCCUGUACGCCCCGCGGGUCAGCCGUACCCUGGUGGUGGACGACGGCAAGCGGCUCACCAUCGGCUCCUGCGUGGAAUGUAAGUCCAUGGUGUUGGCCGGCCAGAACAUGAAGCGCGACGGCGGGGCGGACCGCACGGCUCCUGCUGCCACCAGACACAAGGCUUCCGUCACCGAGGGAUCGGCCGGGAGCCGGAAGGAGGAAGAGGAGGAGGCCAGGCAGCCAGCUGGAGCAGAGGUGGAGGUUCCGAGGCACGGCCACGCCCCGUGCGGAGAGGCGGCGCUCACGUCCACCUCCUCCCACCUGUUGAGCGAGCAGAGAGAAGAUCCAUCUCCAUCCAGCAUGAGCCAUGAGCCAAAGUCACCAUCGCUAGGCAUGAUCUCCACGGCGACGCGCACUACGGCGACGGUCAGCCCUCUCACCCCGUCGCCCCUCAACGGCUCCAUCGUGCCCAAUGGCAGCCCCGCGGCACAGUCUGCCCACUCCGGAUUCGCCGCUGCCCUGCGCAAACUGGCCAAACAGGCUGAGGAACCUCGAGCAGGUUCGUCUAUCAGCAGUGAGUCAUCUCCAGUCUCCUCUCCAGCCACUAACCAGAGUUCUCCAGUGAGCACACCCAAGCGGGGUCCCCUGGGCCCGGUCAUAGUGCCCCCUGGAGGCCACAGUGUGCCCAGCACCCCACCUGUGGUCACCAUCGCCCCCACCAAAACCGUCAACGGUCUGUGGAGGAGUGAGGGCCGCCCCGUACGAGAGUCAGAGUCGGGCCCUCGUGGCAUAAGCAGAGACCGGCUGGGGCCCGAGCCAGUUCCGGCUCAGGAGAAAGGGGGCCCCUCAGUUCCGACCCAUCUAAUCGGAAAUCCGUACGCGUUCAGCCUGACCCCCGGAUCAGUGAUGCAGGACACGCGCUUCCAAGCCCUGAACCUGCCCAGGCAGAUGGCCCAUGCAGUGCCCCCUGCUGGUAUGCCGGAGGAAUACCUGCGGGGUUUCCGGCCCUACGCCACGGCCGAGGAGCUGCGGGUGCCCUCGCUGCCCCUGGGCCUGGACCCGGCCACGGCCGCCGCCGCCGCCGCCUACUACCACCCCGGCUACCUGCCCCACCCCUCCUUCGCCCCCUACAGAAUGGACGACCCCUUCUGUCUUUCUGCUUUGAGGUCUCCAUUUUAUCCAUUGCCAGGAGGGGGCGCUCUUCCCCCGCUGCACCCUUCUGCUGUGCCCCUCCACCUCCCAGGAGUGCGUUACCCUGGUGACCUUAGCCAUGCUUCACUGUCCAGCCUGCAAUCAGAGCGCCUGUCUGAAAGGCUCCAGAUGGAGGACGAGCUCCGUCAGAGAGAGAGGGAGCGGGAGAGGGAGCGGGAGAGGGAGGCCGAGCGGGAGAAGGAGCGGGAGAGGGAGAGGGAGCGCGAGCGAGAGCGCGAGAGGGAGAGGGAGCGCGAGAGAGAGAAGGAACUGGAACGGGAACGCGAGAGGGAGCGGGAACGCGAGAGGGAGCGGGAGAGGGAGCGCGAGCGGGAGAGGGAGCUGGAGAGACAGAAGGAGAGGGCGGCGCGGGAGAAGGAGCUACAGGUGGCCAAGGCCAUAGAGGGUCACUACCUGGCCGAGCUGCACGCGUUUCGGGGCCAAGCCGAGGAGCGGGUCAAGGCCGCCGAGAGACUCACCCCCAACAGGGCCGACAAAACCAAAGAGCCUGCCCUCGCUGCUCCCAAGCCAAUCCAGGCAGGUCUUCACCCGUCCAUAGGCUCCACCCACCAUCCCGUGCCCACCCUGGUCUCCGCCCACGGCAUAUACCUCGGCCCCGGAGGGGCGGGGCCUGGCGCCCUCACGCCCGCCAUGAUGCUGCAGCGCACCAAUGAAGAGGAGCGGUGGCUUGCCCGCCAGAGGAAGCUACGGCAAGAAAAAGAGGACAGGCAGUACCAGGUGUCGGAGUUCCGCCAGCAGGUGCUCGAGCAGCACCUGGACAUGGGCCGCCCCGGGGAGGGGUCCGAGCUCCGAGCGGAGGGUCACAGGCCUGUUCCGAACCACCACGAGCCCGGCAGCAGAGAGCGAGAUAUCCACACCCACCUGGGAGCUCCGCCUCCUCUCAUCUCCCCCAAACCCCAACACAAAGACCACGCCCCCCCUCCGCCCACCACCCUCUGGAACCCUGCAUCCCUCAUCGAGACCUCCUCUGAGUCGCGCCGGCCCCUGCACGAGCCCGCGGGCCUGGGCCACUACGACAUGAGCCGGCUGCCGCCGGCCAAAGCCGAGCGCCACUACGGCGCGGAAAAGGCCGAGGACGGGCCCCGCCGGAAGGACGUCCCGGAGAAGUACCCCCCCGCCCGGCCCACGGCCUUCGCCGAGCCCGGCACCUUCCUGGCUGAGCUGGAGAAGUCCACCCAAUCCUUCCUCAACCAGCAGAGGGCGACGCUGAGCCUGAGCAGCCAGUACGGCGACCUGAGCGGCGUCCUGAAGAGCGGCAGUGGCCACAAGGUACUCCACACGGCGCCCCGCCCGGGCCCCGACCCCGCGCUGGUGUUCGACGAGUUCCUGCAGCAGCACCGGCGUCCCGUCAGCAAAUUAGACCUGGAGGAGAGGAGGAGGAGAGAGGCCCGAGAGAAAGGCUACUACUACGAGCUGGACGACUCGUACGACGAGAGCGACGAGGAGGAGGUGAGGGCUCACCUGAGGAGAGUGUCCGAGCAGCCGCCACUCAAGCUGGACGACUCCACCAAGAAGCUGGAGUUUCUGCGGGUGUUGGCUCUGACCACCGUGUCCCGGCGGGACGAGCUCCUGGAGCAGAAGAGGCGGAAGAGGAGGCGGCUUCUGCGGGAGCGGAGCCCCUCCCCCCCGGCCGUGGCCAGCAAGCGCCCGCCCCCGCCCCCGCCCCCGACGCUGCCGCCAGCCGCCCUCAGCACCCGCUUCACGCCCGAGGAGAUGGACAGCAGCCCGGAGCUGGAGGACAAGAAGCGCUUCCUCACCAUGUUCAGCCUGAGCCACCUCAGCACGCAGCAGAGGAGAGAGAAUGAAAGAGUGGUGGAGCUGCUGCAGGCCAUCAAACAGAAAACCGUCACUCUAGACACGAUCAGACAUGGAUCUUUCCCACUGUGCAGAAGCCCCUCGGCCCACCCCUCUGACCCCUCCUCCUCGCACUCUCCGGGCCAAUCAGGUGACUCUAUCGGUGCCAGACCGGCAACCCCCCCAGCCCCCGUUGGGCCUUCACUCACGGGCGACCCCGUCGCCCCUGCCGCCCCUGCCGAUCAGCUCCGCCCUCUGUCGGACGGCCUCCGGCCCAAGGAGCCGGUGCACCCCGUCCCCUUCCCGGACAAGGGCCGCGCGGGCGACUGCAUCCCCACCAAGCGGCCCUCCAGCCUGCUGAGCGGCGCGCGGCCGCCCCUACACCCGAAGGAGGGCCCCAUCAGCCUGAACGGCAGGCCCCGGCCCUGGGAGAGCUUCACCGCCGAGGAGUUUGCUCAGCAGUUCCACGAGUCCGUGCUGCAGUCCACCCAGAAAGCACUGCAGAAGCACAAAGGGGGAACCCCGUCCACCUCCGAGCUCAACCAUGCGGCAGACUCGUCGGUGCACUACAACAUUCCGGAGCUGCAGAGCGGCCCAGGGCGCGGGUCCCACCCUCACGCGCAGGCGGCGGCCCCGCCCAACGGCCUGCACUGCCCGACCGGGCCCCGCCGUGAGCCGCCGCCGCCCACCGCACGGCCCGAGCUCUCCGCUGAGGAGGACUCUGACGAAGUGGAGGACGAGGAUGAGGACGAGGACGAGCCUCCGGCGCCCAGAUGGCAGGGGAUUGAGUCCAUCUUUGAAGCUUAUCAGGAAUAUGCUGAGGAGCAAAGUAUAGAGCGGGAGGUACUGCACAGCCAGUGCCGGAAGCUGGAGGCCCAGCACUUCAACCUCACCCUGACUGCUGAACAGCUCUCGCGGUCCAUGGGGGAGCUGGUGGGCCAGAAGCAGAAGCUGGCCGCCGAGAGGGAGAGGCUCCAGGCCGAGCUCGAGCACUUCCGGAAGUGCCUGACCCUACCGCAGAUGCCCUGGUCCAGGGCUCACUUCAAGGGCUACCCCCCCAGGUGACAUCCCCCGUCCCCACGCCGCCCAAGCCUCCCCGCCCCGCUCCCAUCCCCCUCCCCCUCUGAAGCCCAAGACGUCAGCCUCCUCCAGCUUUGGGGGGGGGGGGGGCAGAGUCUCCCAGCUCCCACGUGUGGAGACGGGUGGAGAGAUGGUGCACCAUGGUCACAAUGAAGAGGACUGGUGCUGAAAGGCCAAGCCCAUAAACGAGCCAUGAGUGUAGGACUGGAGCCACCCACCAAACCCAACCCCCACCCCCCCUCCGACAUAGAUCGUAUCGGCACAGUUGGUACGCAACGAAGAGUACUCAGUCCAAAACACACGCACGCGCUCUGAGGCACAGAGCAGUUGUCCAAAGCUCACCACAGCGCCACUGAAUUAACACACACGUCAAGCGGGCUUCAGGCAAGGCCUGCUUGAAGUCUUGAAGUUGAACUUUAUGGUCACGAUAGACUGUGACCCAAAAUCUCCAUUGCCAUCCAUAGACAUGGUAAAUGUCAGUCAUAGUCGACAUCAGUAUGCGCCAGCCACCAAAAUGCCAUCCCACCUGGAGAUCCGACCUGAAAUGCACUUAAAACAAAGAACGUCCAGCGGAACUACCUGGAGGUACUGUGUAAUAUCAAGGAACUCCUUUCAAAUUAGGGGAGGGGAGAAAAAAAAAAAAACUGCACAUUUUUUGUGAAAAAAGGAAAAUGUUUUAUUCAAGAUAGAAGAUUGAGAAUAAAGUUUUUAAAGAGGUGCUUCAGCCUUGUAUUGUAAAUAUCAAAACAAAAGGAAAAAAGAAUUUUGUAUGUUUUUAUUACAGUAAUUGUUCUUUGGAAGACAAAAAACAAAAAAAACAAAAAAAAGCCUGCCAUUUUUUUUUUUUAAAUAUGCUGAAGCUUUUUAGGGCGCUAUGCUGAAGCCUUGUGUUUAGUGUUUGUAUUGCUGCUGGCCAGGAUAAAGGAAGAUGGAAGAGCUCAGUACCCUCCGUGUAUGUGUGCGUGAGAUGAGAGCGUGUGUGUGUGUGUGUGUGUGUGUGUGUGUGUGUGUGUGUGUGUGUGUGUGUGUGUGUGUGUGUGUGUGUGCGCGCUACAGUAGCAUCAGUCCCCAGGUCUACUGCCUCUCUAGAGUCCCAUCAUGCCCCCUAAGCAGAUCCCCGGUGUUCCUGUCUGCACUCCACGCCACUCCCGACCUCCUGUCUGUCCGAGCCGUUUAUUUUACGCUUUGGAGUCAUUUCUGGCUUACGGUGGAGCAGCACGCGUCCUCUGUCCGAUCGCGUCCUGGGUCUGAAUGUCGCGUUUGUUCUUGAACAUCGAAGCCAUGAGCCAAAGAAGCUGGGGAAGAACAUAUAAGCAUUUGGUUACUGUCAAGAAAGCAUUUUUUGUUGUUACGUAGAGUUUAUUACAAGGUUCUUUUUCAUUAGUGAGUACUGUGCCAAAGGUACCCACAGAAUCCCAAACUGAGAGGUCAUGCCAAAGCUUGAUAUCUAGCGAAAAAGGAUACUGCACUUCUCCAAGUUAAAUUCUAAGUUCUUAACAGGCCGUGGAGUGUUAAAUAUUUAUGAAAAGAGCGUGUUUUUCAUUUAUAAGAAUGCCUUCUUUACUUGGAGAAUCAUUUUUUGCCAGUAAUAUUUUUCCUCCCUACAAACAUGCAGAUUAUUAAUCAUGACAGUUACUUGAAAAAUGUAGCUGUUGACUGGAAGAAUUAAGUCAUUACGGGAUUCAAGACAUUUUCGCUGGAGUAAUAACCAAUUUAAGAAAUUUGUCCUAUGUUCUGUUUUAGUCUUCUUGUUUCAAAGCCCUGGUAUUUAACAAAAAUGCCAAUCUUCACUCCAGGGUUACCCAUUGCCCACUGCCACAAACACGCAACCCACCCACAUGCAGCAGCCCAAUGACGCCAACCCCCUCCCCAGGGAGCGCGUGCGCUGUCUGCACUAGGCCAAAACAGCAGCAUCUGUGUGUUCGUGAACUGGAUUAGCCACGGCUUAGAACUAGCGCGCACGGCCGCGUAUAGAUUUUAGCAUUACGCCAAGCCAGGCCGUGGUGUUCUGCUUGAUAGAAGGCCAUGCUUUUAACACCCCCCCCCCCCCCCCCCCCCC